CAUGGUGCCCAACAACCUGGGGGCGCCGCCCCACGGCCACACCAGCGGCACGGGGCUGUCCAUGGCGCAGCAAAACAUCUCGACGCACCUGCCCGCGCUGCCCGCGCUGCCGGGGCUGGACCCCGCCAAGGGCCACCUCGGCCCGCCCGGCCACCUCGGCGCCGACCCCCAGCGCCACUCGCAGUCCGAUGACGACUCGGGCUGCGCCCUGGAGGAGUACACCUGGGUGCCGCCCGGCCUGCGCCCCGACCAGGUGCACCUGUACUUCUCGUGCCUGCCCGAGGAGCGCAUCCCCUACGCGGGCUCGGCCGGCGAGCGCUACCGCGUCCGCCAGCUGCUGCAGCAACUGCCGCCGCACGACAACGAGGUGCGCUACUGCCGCGCGCUGUCCGACGAGGAGCGCAAGGAGCUGCGGCUCUUCUCGGCGCAGCGCAAGCGGGACGCCCUGGGCCGCGGCAUGGUGCGCCAGCUCACCGCCACCCUCCCCUGCGAAGCGUGCACCGAGCCGCUGGGGGCCGGCGACAUGGCCGUGUCCGCGUCCAGGGCGGGUUCCCAGGCCGCGUGGCACCCCGCCUGCUUCACGUGCUGCACGUGCCGCCACCUGCUCGUGGACCUCAUCUACUUCUACAAGGACGGCCGGCUGUACUGCGGCCGCCACCACGCCGAGACCCUCAAGCCGCGGUGCUCGGCCUGCGACGAGAUCAUCCUGGCGGACGAGUGCACCGAGGCGGAGGGGCGCGCGUGGCACCUGAAGCACUUCGCGUGCGCCGAGUGCCAGGCGCAGCUGGGCGGCCAGAGGUACAUCAUGAGGGACACGCGGCCCUACUGCCUGCACUGCUUCGACGCCAUGUUCGCCGAGUACUGCGACUCGUGCGGCGAGCAGAUCGGCGUGGACCAGGGCCAGAUGAGCCACGACGGCCAGCACUGGCACGCCACGGAGCAGUGCUUCUGCUGCAACACGUGCAGGGGCAGCCUGCUGGGCCGGCCGUUCCUGCCCAGGCGAGGCGCCAUCUACUGCUCCAUCGCCUGCUCCAAGGGCGAGCCGCCCACCCCCAGCGACGGCACCAACACGGGGUCGCUGCUCAUGCCGUACCAGCCGGGCCUGCACGUGAUGCCCGUGGCGCCGGGAGGGCCCGCGGGGCCCACGCCGCAGCUCAGCCCGCAGCCCAGCCGCUCGCCCAAGAUGGGGCGGCGCGCGCUGCAGCAGAGGUCCCCGCACCACAAGGCCUCGGCCAGCAGCAGCGAGGCGGCCAGCCCCAGCCCGGAGCUGGUGACGGAGACCGUGACCACGGUCGUGGAGGAGCUGGUGGUGCGCGGCCUGCCCGGCGCGGCCAACGGCGCCUCCCCCAAGGGCCUGGACAGGGUGCUGCUGGAGCGCAACCUGGAGAGGCUGCUGUCCGACCACAACGGCGGCGCCGUCAACCUGGAGCAGCUCGCCGCGCUGGGCAGCAUGGCCAUGGGGGGCAUGGGCAUGGGCUCGCUCGGCUCGCUGUCCCCCGACCUGGAGAGGCUGCUGAGCGCGCGGGACCGAUGCAGGCAACCGCUGCACCUCGCCAACCUGGCCGAGCUGAGCUUGUCACUGGACUCGUGGCAGCCCUUCAGCGAGGCGCUGCACUCGCAGCGGCACGACGGCACCGCGUCCAUGCCCGAGCUGGACGCCCCCCCCGACACGCCGGACGGGCCCAGCCACAGCCCCAGCCACAGCCCCGCGCACGCCAGCAGCUCCACGCCGUCGCCCACGGCGCCGCAGACCCCGCAGGCGUCCGCGUCCACGUCGCGGGGGAAGAGCCGCGGCCAGCUGAGCGUGCGCUUCGAGGACCGCAACGACUGCAACAGCCCCGCGGGCGAGGGAAGGCCCUCCACGUCCACGAGGGAGUCCAGGGACGCGGCGCGCGAGGCGCGCGAGCGCAGGGCCGAGUCACGGCGAGCGCGGCGCGCGCGGCACAGUCGCGACUACGACGAGGACAGCUACUGCUCCACGUGCUCGUCCAGCUCCUCCAGCGACGAGUCCGAGGCGUACCAGCUGCCGCCGCGGCGCGCGUACGGCGGCGUGCGGAUCUCGUACGUCCCCAACGACGCCCUGGCGUGCGCCAGGCAGCGCCAGCAGCAGCACACCACCAUGCCGCGGUCCCCCGUCAAGAAGCCCAGCCAGAGCGUCACCCUGCCCGCCAACGCCGCCAACCCCGCGGGCCACCCGCACGCCAUCGGCGCGCACGACAAGAACUGUGUCAUCUCCUGAUGCGCCGCCCUGUCGGGCGCCUGACGUGGUUGGGGCGAUCUAGUGUUAGACUGUGUGAACUUUCUCGGUGAUCGGAGAACUGACUGUACGUGCCAAAAUGAAGACAGGGCUUUUUAGGAGUUUGAGAAUUUUUUAUACGACACUGUGAUUGUAUAAUUUACCUUCUGACUCGGCGCCUUUUUUCAGAGCUGGAAAAGAGACUGCCGUAGUUAGUUCAGUCUAAUUCCAAAAACGGCCAUGUGACCACCAUACUACAUUCGAUUGUAUGGCAAACAGGGUUCACCUUAAUUUAUCGUAGAAGUGCUACGCCAGUGUUGUCUUCCGUGCUCUUACUAUGAGUGUGUUUUGAUAAUGUUGCCCAAGCGUUUAUCCAUGAGACAGGUCCACCAUCUUGUAGGUGGACUUGUUUCAUGGGUAAAUCAAAGAACUGAUUUAUGUAUUUAAAGCUUAUUUCAGAGUUUUACCAGAUGAAAUUCAUGUAAAUUGCAUGCUUACAUAUUUAUGUAUUUCCCUUCCAAAGAUGUCAACAAAUGUAUUUUUCUCGUAGAAGUUAAAGUUGUAAUGUGACUAUUGUCGUCUUUGUGUAAAAAGUGUAAAUAAAAUACUGGAAAGGCAACUCAAA